UGUUUGAAACUACUGAAAUCUACUGAAAACAUGGCGCUCUUCAGUAAAGGUGAUUGGUAUACUCCUGCACCGUUUUGGCAAAAUGGACCGUCACCAGGUGCAUUUUACAAUUUUCCUGGAGAUUCUACGCAAUCCAGUGUUGGAGGAUUCCAAAGAUCACAGGCUCCAAUGACAACUGGUACAUCUGUAAUUGGAAUUCAAUUUAAGGAUGGUAUUCUCAUAGCAGCUGACAUUCUUGGAUCCUAUGGAUCACUGGCUCGGUUCAGGAAUCUUGAACGAAUAAUGAAAGUCAAUAACAACAUUAUUCUUGGUGCAGGAGGAGACUAUGCUGAUUAUCAAUGUCUUAAAAGUAACAUUGAACGAAAAAUCCUUGAGGAAGAUUGUCUGGAUGAUGGUUUAUCUCUAAAACCAAAAGCUCUUUAUUGUUGGUUAACUAGAGUCAUGUAUAACAGAAGAUCAAAAUUCAACCCAUUUUGGAAUAAUUUCAUUAUUGGUGGUAUAGAAGGUGAUAAGUUAUUUUUGGGUACCGUGGAUAAACUUGGUACAGCUUAUAGUGAUCCAGUGAUUGCGACUGGAUAUGGUGCAUACAUGGCAACACCUAUUCUGAGAAAAGCUCAUGAAGAGAAUAAAGAGAUGACAAAACAGGAAGCAAUAGAUCUUGUAUACAAAGUAAUGCAAGUUCUGUUUUAUAGAGAUGCGCGAUCUUUCCCGAAGUAUCAACUUGGUAUAAUCACAAAAGAUGGAGGUACUGAAAUACAAGGACCGUUAACGCUCGACAGCUAUUGGGGACCUGCUAUCAUGUAAAGAUGAAUAUGAAUAAACUUUUUGUUAAUAAAAGUA